AUUAAAAUGACUUAAUUACCUGGUCCCUUAUCUAAAAAGUACAGAAAUGUAUACCUCAGUUAGGAUUUAAAAUCAGGUUUUUACUUGUUCUGUAAAAGGACAGAACAAUAGCAGUGAUUUACUGUGUGAUUUAGUGGGAGGAACAGCCCCUCCAGUCCUGCACCCGGGGGUGGGAAGGCUUUGGCCGGAUACGUGUUGGAACUUGAGGCGGUCCUAAAGACUCACGCACGAAACUCCGGAAUCAUCCCAAGCCACCAUUUAGCAAACUUAAAAAUGGCACCCUCCACUUCUACGCAACUUUUCUCGGCGCUUUUAAUCGCAUUUUUUACCUCCGUGGUGAAUUCUCAGUAUGAGAAAUACAGCUUCAGGAGUUUCCCCAGGCACGAGCUGAUGCCUCUGGAGUCCGCUUACAAAUACGCACUGGACCAGUACACCGGAGAGAAGUGGAAGGAGUCGGUGGAGUACAUGGAGGUGUCUCUGCGGUUGUAUCGGCUGCUGCGGGACAGCGAGGCCUUCUGCAACCUCAACUGCAGCUCUGUCGGGCUGGACAACGAGCAGAAGUUUGCGGAGUUUCCAGAGCUGCGGGCGUUUGGUAACGUUAUGAAGAGGGCGCAGUGCCUGAAGCGCUGCAAACAAGGGCUGCCCGCUUUCAGGCAGACUAUGCCCAGCCGGGACACCAUAGAUGAGUUUGAUAAGAGAGAGCCGUACAGAUAUCUGCAGUACGCCUACUUCAAAUCUGACAACCUCGCCAAGGCGGCGUCUGCUGCUCACACCUUCCUACUGAAACACCCAAAUGAUGAGAUGAUGCAGAGGAACAUGGCCUACUACAAGAGUCUGCCUGGAGCCGACGAACACCUCAAAGACCUGGAAACCAAAUCCUAUGAGACACUGUUUGUGCGUGCAGUGCGGGCGUAUAAUGGAGAAAACUUCCGUACUUCGGUGUCAGACAUGGAGCUGGCUCUGCGGGACUUCUUCAAGAAUUACGAUGAGUGUCUGGCUGCAUCUGAGGGCCCCAGGGACGUCAAAGACUUUAAAGACUUCUACCCCUCCAUAGCUGAUCACUACAUAGAGGUCCUUGACAGGAAAGUGAUGUGUGAAAGUGACCUGACACCUGUCGUAGGAGGUUUUGUCGUUGAGAAGUUUGUGGCCACAAUGUACCACUACCUGCAGUUUGCCUAUUACAAAUUGAAUGACCUGAAGAAUGCUGUACCAUGUGCAGCUAGCUACGUGCUCUUUGACCCCAGCGAUGAAGUUAUGAAUAAUAACUUGGCCUAUUACCGGUUUCACAAAAACCAGUGGGAACUGACAGAAGAGGACUUCCUCCCCAGAUCAGAGGCACUGCGUUACUACAAUCAGACCACAAUGCAGCUACAGAUGUUGGAGUUCUCCAGACAGCGCCUGGUGAGCGACGAUGAGGGGGAGGUGGUGGAGUUUAUAGAUGAGUUCCUGGACGGUGAUGAAUUGCCCGAAUUGGAAAUGCCGCCGAAACUGUGAAACACACAACCAAACAACACCUCCCGGUUUGUAUUUAUUGGGUUGAGAGGCUGUGUGUUUUUACCUGCAGAUCCACAUCCUGAAUAUUUUUAAAUUUCCUAUUUUGUGCACUAAAACAUCCAGUUUAGUGGUAUGGACAUACAGCACUAAAUGAUUUAAAGUCAAUGAUAAUAAUGGAGAGAUAAAUAUUUUUACUCGCUGUUUUAUGGAUCCAUUCCUCCACUGUGAAUCAAGUAUGUAUGUUGUCUGUCAAAAAUGGUAAUUUUUACAAUGAAAUGAUAAUAAAUCUUGCCAAACAUCGGGU